CAGUGUUUGCAUUCUUGUUUACAGGACCGAGGAGGAGUAGACCUGAAAACCGAGCCAACCCGGUUUUCCAGCCCCCCUGGCCUGCGAUUGGCGCAUCCCGGGGGCCGGCCGCGGAGCCUGUAGUCAUCGGACGGAGAAAUCCUUCUGGAAUUGGGCACCCAUUUGCGUGUCUGUCUCGGCCUCCGGGUGCGGGAUCAGCUGUGCGAUCCCGGCCACCUAUAAUCCGGGAUCUGCCUCCGCCUCGAGGUUUAUGGAAAGCAGAUGUCUCGCUGCCCUGGGACUGAGCACAGAAUGGAAAUGACCAGCCCGGGAGCCCUCUGGAACCGGGGACACCGAGCGCAGGUCCUUCGGAGCCCAGCCGGGAGGCAGACUUUCCCCCUCGUGCGUGCUUUUACCACUCGGGCCGCUCGCUCCGCAGGCGUCAGGCGAUAAAGCGGUUUGACCUUCAGACAAAAAUCGGGCUGCAGGAGUGCGGCUGCGGGGGAGGGAAGGAGGCGGAGAGGAGCUGGCGCCGCCGCCUGGGUCGCCCGCCCGCCGCCUGAUGUCGUGAGCCAGCCGACCAGGGCUCUGGCUGGGGGCGCAGCGGCGCCGGAGCAGUGGCGGGGUCCCCUUCCCGGCGCGUUUCCUCCGCGGAGCCAGCCCGGGUCUCGCACAGCAGCGUGCAGGGUCAAAGACAGCCGGCCUCCCAUGUCAGUGGUCUAGGAUGGCCAGUGAAGCCACCAACAUCCCAAGUCCUGUGGUGCGCCAGAUUGACAAGCAGUUUCUGAUUUGCAGUAUAUGCCUGGAACGGUACAAGAACCCCAAGGUUCUCCCCUGUCUGCACACGUUCUGCGAGAGGUGCCUGCAGAACUACAUUCCCGCCCACAGUUUAACCCUCUCCUGCCCAGUGUGCCGCCAGACCUCCAUCCUGCCCGAGAAAGGGGUGGCCGCGCUUCAGAACAACUUCUUCAUCACAAACCUGAUGGACGUGCUGCAGCGGACGCCAGGCAGCAACAUAGAGGAGUCUUCCAUCCUGGAGACGGUCACCGCUGUGGCUGCGGGAAAGCCUCUGUCUUGCCCAAACCACGAUGGGAAUGUGAUGGAAUUUUACUGCCAGUCCUGUGAGACCGCCAUGUGUCGGGAGUGCACUGAGGGCGAGCAUGCAGAGCACCCCACGGUCCCCCUCAAGGACGUGGUGGAGCAGCACAAGGCCUCACUCCAGGUCCAGCUGGACGCUGUCAACAAAAGGCUCCCAGAAAUAGAUUCUGCUCUUCAGUUCAUCUCAGAAAUCAUUCAUCAGUUAACCAACCAAAAGGCCAGCAUCGUGGAUGACAUCCAUUCCACCUUCGAUGAGCUCCAGAAGACGCUGAAUGUGCGAAAGAGCGUGCUGCUUAUGGAACUGGAGGUCAACUAUGGCCUCAAACACAAAGUGCUGCAGUCGCAGCUGGAUACUCUGCUCCAGGGGCAGGAGAGCAUCAAGAGCUGCAGCAACUUCACAGCGCAGGCCCUCAACCACGGCACGGAAACGGAGGUGCUGCUGGUGAAGAAGCAGAUGAGCGAGAAGCUGAACGAACUGGCCGACCAAGACUUCCCCCUGCACCCGCGUGAAAACGAUCAGCUGGAUUUCAUCGUGGAAACCGAGGGGCUCAAGAAGUCCAUCCACAACCUCGGGACCAUUCUGACCACCAACGCGGUCGCAUCCGAGACGGUGGCCACGGGCGAGGGGCUGCGGCAGACCAUCAUCGGGCAGCCCAUGUCCGUUACCAUAACGACCAAGGACAAAGACGGCGAGCUGUGCAAAACCGGCAAUGCCUACAUCACGGCUGAACUGAGCACCCCCGACGGCAGCGUGGCGGACGGGGAGAUCCUGGACAACAAAAACGGCACCUACGAAUUUUUGUACACGGUCCAGAAGGAAGGAGACUUCACCCUGUCUCUGAGACUCUACGACCAGCACAUACGAGGCAGCCCGUUUAAGCUGAAGGUGAUCCGGUCCGCCGACGUGUCUCCCACCACUGAAGGCGUGAAGCGGCGCGUCAAGUCCCCAGGGAGCGGCCACGUCAAGCAGAAAGCUGUGAAAAGGCCUGCGAGCAUGUACAGCACCGGGAAGCGAAAAGAGAACCCCAUCGAGGACGAUUUGAUCUUUCGAGUGGGAACCAAAGGAAGAAAUAAAGGAGAGUUUACGAAUCUUCAGGGGGUAGCUGCAUCUACAACUGGAAAGAUAUUAAUUGCAGACAGUAACAACCAAUGUGUCCAGAUAUUUUCCAACGAUGGCCAGUUCAAGAGUCGUUUUGGCAUACGAGGACGCUCUCCCGGGCAGCUGCAGAGGCCCACAGGAGUAGCCGUGCACCCCAGUGGGGACAUAAUCAUUGCAGAUUAUGAUAAUAAGUGGGUUAGCAUCUUCUCAUCAGAUGGAAAGUUUAAGACAAAAAUUGGAUCGGGAAAGCUGAUGGGGCCCAAAGGAGUUUCUGUGGACCGCAACGGGCACAUUAUUGUGGUGGACAACAAAGCAUGCUGCGUGUUUAUCUUCCAACCAAAUGGGAAAAUAGUCACCAGGUUUGGUAGCCGAGGAAAUGGGGACAGGCAGUUUGCAGGUCCUCAUUUUGCAGCUGUAAAUAGCAAUAAUGAGAUUAUUGUUACAGAUUUCCAUAAUCAUUCUGUCAAGGUGUUUAAUCAGGAAGGAGAAUUCAUGUUGAAGUUUGGCUCCAACGGAGAAGGAAAUGGGCAGUUUAAUGCCCCCACAGGUGUAGCAGUGGAUUCGAAUGGAAACAUCAUUGUGGCAGACUGGGGAAACAGCAGGAUCCAGGUGUUUGAUGGGAGUGGAUCGUUUUUGUCCUACAUUAACACAUCUGCUGACCCACUCUACGGCCCCCAAGGCCUAGCCCUAACUUCAGACGGCCAUGUUGUGGUUGCAGACUCUGGAAAUCACUGUUUCAAGGUCUAUCGAUACCUACAGUAACGGUGGCCAGCCAGAUGUCCCCUCAAGACGGUCUUGCACUAUAAACUGGAAUGGAUUUCUCCACCCGGGACCAGAUUAUGACUAGACUUUUCAUGCUAGAAGGAAUCUUUGAUGAACUUUCCAUGGUUAUUUCUGAAUGUAACAGUUUCCUUAAAAAACUGCUCAUCCAAUUUCUAGAAUUCACCAUUAGGGUUUAAAAAAAAAAAGUCUUCUACUGAAUAUACAAACUGCGAAGUUUUACACCUGUGAACUAUGGCUUAUAGGACAGGGAUUUAUGUAGUUAAAUUAAUUUUGCAAAUCAAACAAACAUUAAACAAAAACUAGCAUAUGUAAAAAUAUUUGUUAAUCCUGUGAAUGAUAGCCUUUGAGCAGAGCUUCCAAAAACAAAUUCUGUCGUCCUUAUAUACUUUAUUUAACCCAGGUCAAAAGGCCUGCGGAACCUUCUAACCUCACUUUUACAGUAUGUUUUUUAUUUCUUUCUUUCCUUCUUUGGGGGGGUGGGGGAGCUGGUAAUCGACAACUACAUAUUACUUACUUCAAAAAAAAAAAAAAAAUUGAGGCUGUCUUGCAAAAUCCUCCCAGCUCUGAUUUGCAGACAACACUUGAGAGUCAAUGCAGAUUUCCCAGCCUUUCUGGGUUAGAUCAAAGAUCCUUUCUGUCUGUUCUUCUUACCUUCUCUUUCCUACUCACCUGGUAUCAGAAAACAAAGUACAUUUUCUGAGAAACCUGAAAAUCUCUGAUGCUUUGAAAAAUCAUCUUACAGAAGUAAUACUACCUUUCAGUCAACGAAUAGCCCCAUUAACUCCAGAUGAAUAUACUGGAACGUAAUCAAGAAAAGGUCACGUUUUAUCUGUGCCAUGUUUUCACAUGUGUCUUUCUUUCCUCUUCCACUUCAUGAAAGCAAGAGCUUUACCUUCUGCAAAAUGUCAGCACAUGUAGUAGGACACCAGUAUCCUAGGACAGAGAGCCAUAAGCAGCCCUUUGGAGGACCGAUGGUGUCAACCAAAGGCAUGUGGAUUGAUUAAUGAUUUCCCCUUAGCGAGUGUUACCAAAGUUCUGUUAUCUCGAGAGCAUUACAGGUAAGAGCAUGUUAUGGUUAUUUAUCAUUGUUCAAUGAAUAGUAGAGGUAUCAAGGGACUAUGUAUACAUGAUUAGGGUAAGAUAGAAUGUAUAAUAUAAAUAUAUAUAUAGCUUUGGUGUAUUGAAAUAGGCAGCACUCUGAAAGACAGAAGCAUUCUGUCCAGCCAUUCUUCAGCACAUUCCUUUACUAAUGCAGCUUAAGCCGUCCUUGUGGAGCAAGCCCUAACACAGGUUUGAUGUUUGCCAUUUCCCGGGAAUGAUGGUGGUGGCUGAUCAUCUUGUGUUUUCAAAAGAGCAGAAAAAUAAGAAAAACAGGUCAAAAUAAAAGUUGAACUGGACUUACAUCUGAACUAAGUAUAAAUGCAUUUUGAGAAAUGUUAAGAACAAUUUAGUCAAUCUUGUCAUUGAUACUGUAAAAUAAGAUGCAGUCUGUUUCCACUGUUUAAUUUUCUACUCAGUUCUACCAAACAGGAUGUCAUGUUUGAUGUUUUCAAUAAUGACUUUGGGAUCUUUUUCAUUAAAAGCACCUUAGAACUUGUACUAUAAGAAAACAUUUCCUGUAUGUAUUAUUAUAUGAAUGUGAUGCUUAUUGCUUAUUAAUUUAAAAUUCAGCCAUCGUCUAUAUAGGACUUUUUAAAAUUUGGAAGGGAAUCUAGCAACUUCCAGUUGCCCAUUAAAUUUAUUAUGCCCAGAUCAGCUCUGAAAAAAAAAAAAAAAAGCUUUUUCAGAAAGAGAAACAUUAAGGUUUAGUAUUUUUUAAUUUUUUUUUAAUUUUUUAGUUUUUGAAUUAUCAAGUCUAUGUGAUGAAGUUAUAAAAUCCAAUAAAAUUUUUAGAAUGUUAAACUAAGACAUUGUUUGUUUCCUAAUGCCAGUGAAAUAAGUCUUUGAUUUUUUUUUAAAAUUUUUUUCUUGGUGCUGGAAAUUGCAAAUGUAAGCGCCAGUUCUACCACUGAGCUGCACCUGCAGCCCAAGUCUUUGAAUUGAAAUGUUCCUAUUUACAGAGUCCCUUCUAGGUUCUAGGCACUCUUCUAGGCACUGGGAAUAGACUAAUAGAUAAAACAAACAAAAACAUCCCUGUCCCCUCAGAGUUUACAUCCUGGGGAAAGGAAUUUCAUUUUGCCAUUUACUAUAAAAUGUUCUGCCUAAAAGGGAGGCUAGACUCUUAAUAGUUCCUGGACUAUUUAAAAGAAAACCUUUUAAAUUGGUUGUUAAUUUUAGUUUAUUUUCAUAAAAGUAUUUUCAUAAGUGUAAAUGGCUUCCUAUUUAAAUUCUAUCACAGACUGUUGGGGUUUUUUGUUUGUUUGUUUGUUUCUCUGGCUUUGCAGUGCUGGGGACUGAACCAGGGCCUUGACAUACUAGGUAAAUGCUCUACCAUUGAGCUACAUCCCCAGCCCUAGACUAUUGAUUUUAAAACUAGUUUACCUACAGAGGGUUUUUUUUUUUUUCUUUUUCUUUUUUUUGAAGUAUUUGUGAACUUAGAAAUGAAUUUAAAAAUUAAUCAGCCGCCAUCAUAUCAUAUCAGGCCAAGUAUCUAAAUACAUAGUUAAUUUAUUUCCAUGUCAAUUUUGGCACAAACUGGAAUGGAAUAUAGAUAGUUUGAUUUGGACCUGUUCCACUGUCUCUUAACUAAACCUAUACUAUGGGCACUCCAGGAAACACUAUAUUUUUCCCCCAAAAUAUGUAAUCAUAUAUAUUAAAAUAUAGAUAACAUUUCAUACCUGGAUACAUAUGUGCAUUUACUGUAUUUCUGGUGAGCAUAUUUGGGGGAGAAAGUGCUGCUGAUAAGAUACAAAUAGAUAAGAUUUAAAUGAAAUUUUGUCACAUUCUAUGGAAAAUGGUUUCUGGUAAACUGAGAAGGAUAUUAAAAUAAGUGGCUUUUAUUCUGGGCUACCAUUAUUAUUUGGUUUCGCUUUGUCAAGUGUAUAGAACCUGUCAUACAUUCAUGAUAAGUAGCACUGAGAAAGUACUCACUCAAAAUUCCCCUGGGCACUUAUGGCAUAGUAUUGCCAAUUAGGAUUUGAAGGUCAGUGACGAUGCAUUUUCCCCCAAUACAGACCUCCCCUGCUGGACAUGGGGAUGGAGGGAGUUACUUGACCAUCCUGAAACACAUAAAUAAAAAGCCUUUAUGACUGUGUUUGCCAUUUUUUUAAUGGCAUAUAGUAUUUUGGUGAAGUUUUAGACCCCAUAAUUAAACAAGUCUCCAGGUUUCCUUAUGACUAGAUUUGAGGCCAAUUAAUACCCCAGAUCCAUGCAACUAUUGCACACUUGCUUCCACUACUAAAUAUACAGGGUAUCCUAGAAUGGAAUUAACUGGAAUAAUAGUACCUUACUUAGUAUCUAUGGAUCCUCAUACUGAAGGGUCAACAUAAAUGCUUAGGUAAUACCUACUGAAUAAAUUGGAGGAAACAGCAAGUCAACAGCAAAUAAUCUGCAGAUCACUUCAAAUGGGAAAAAUCUUUUUGUACAUUUGGAUACUAUGACAUCCUCUCUAUUCACCAGCUUCUGAAAAGGGAGGAGUGUUUUUAGUUGAAUAAUUUUAAAACAAGGCAUUUCCAGGCAGGAUAAAAUUGAAGCUAUUUGAUGCAGACCUUAUCUAAUUUUGCUUUAACCGGAAGUCGUAUAAUACUGUUGCUUUCUGUAAAUGUUGCAGGGUUUUAAACUUUACAAUUAUUUUUAAUAUUUUUGAUAUCUAGGAAUCUAGCGUUGCCAUAAAGGAAACUAAGUGCCCAUUAAAGAUUUAUUUGGUAUAAAUACUUUUUUGUUUUGUUUUAAAUGACAGUAAGCUACAAAUCAUGAUGCUAAUCUUAAAAACUUUCUAAAGAUGAAUUGUGUGGCAGUGAUUGUGUGAUCUGUUUGUGGAGAAUGUAUGAAAGCUAUUAAUAUUCUAGAAUAGGUUAAUAAAUUGGCUAUGUUGUUCCAAUGAAUGUACAGCACUUCCAUUAACUUUUGAAAGCAACACAGCCUUAAACUCAACUCAAUGCUUUUGCUUUAUGACAUGGGGAAUGUUCUGUCAUCAAGAGUGUUUUUGGUUUUUUUUGCAGUGCUGGGGAUCAAACCCAGGGCCUCGCGCAUGGUAGUCAAGCGCUCUACCACUGAGCUACUCCCCAGCACAACAGUGUAUUCUCGUAACAGAAUUCUUUUGUAUCAUUCUCAUCUCUAUAGCCUUUCAAUCCAAGGUAUGAGUAUGAAGGUUUUUUGCUUCCUUUGUUUUCUUUUUAGAUUUUGUACAUUCCAUCUUUAUAGGUCCGUUUCAUAUGUUUUGUGUAUAGAACACUAAGUCUUGCGCUCUCUGACAUUGAUACUGAUAUAUUCUUAUCAUUUGUUACUUUAUGAAUCAAAAUGCUGACUGCCUAUUUAAAGAAUGAACGCUGUGCAUCAAAGUGUUUGUAUGUUCGUAGCUACAUACGUACCACAGUAUUUUGGAUGCUUUAGUCUACAAUAAAACUUUAAAUUAAUUCUGUCUUGAAACAUAGGAGAAACAAGACUCGUGUAUAUCUUUACCAUGCACAAAAAAUCUCAAAUCAUUAUAAUAAAGCUUGUUUUCUCCA